AUGAUGUGGUGAUGUGCUGAUCUCUAUGCAUUUUUCAAAUAUAAAUAUACAAAAUGAAAAACAAACUGUGUUGAAUUUUUGUUGCAUUGGAAUCUAAGUUCUAUCUAAGAUGUGAUGAAAUGAUGAUACGAUGAUCAUUUACAGAUGAUGGAUGAUCUACUUAGUGCAUGAGUGAUAACUGAUCAUGGAGCAUUAUGGGGAUGUCCAUCUGAGAAUGUAACGAAUGAUCCCUGAUCCCCGAUGCUAGAAUGUCCUGCAAAGUGAGUUCGGUUCCUUGUUGGGCUGUGAACUUUGCCAGGAAGAUCCCACAUAUUCCAUUUUCCAGACUGUUCCUUUAUUCAUUUUGAUAUUUGCAGUGGCUUGCGAAAUUCAGCAUAGAUUUAAUUUCGUUAAUUUGUAUCAUUUGGAUAGUUUCUUUUGCUGCGUUUGGGGGGCUAUUUCAUCACAUGACGAAACUCUUGAAAAAAUUCCCCACUGCCAAAGCUUUUUUUCUGCGUUAUUCCGGUUUCGUUUUGUUUUGUUUUGUUUUGGUAAUCGGAGAACGACGCAAAAUCCACGUACUCAAUAGCAAAUUGUGAAAACAAACGCGCACGUUGGUAUUGGUGAGAGGGCAGCGAGCUACAGACGAGCCUCAAUAACGUGGACCUAGAUCAACUGCACUCAAGCCUUAUCAAUUUAUUGUAAUUAAUAUUAUUUCAAGUUUGUAGAUGCAUAAGUUGAACAUGUUUAGAGUGCAUAUUUUGUUUAUUGAAUUGUUGUUGGAUUGCAUUUAAAGCUGGGGAUUCACACACUUAUAGAUUUGCGAAGUGGGUUUCAGUUGUCUAUUCAAAUAUUUCAUUUGCAUUGAGCUUCAGGAGACCAUCCUUCCGAUCAUUAGUGUUUGCCAAGCGAGGUUCCACUGUUCCUCCAAACGGCUCUCCCUUUGUUCUGCGACGCAUUUCAGUGCUCCACCAAGUGGGGCGGUCUCACCGCUUCCUUGCCGCUUUGCCGCUCCGCUGGCGCCGCCGAACGCCGACGCCCCUGAGCGUAUAAAAAGUGCCGGCCGGCGAGCGACUGGCAUCAGUUUGCAAGCUUUCAGCUUUGUGGCACAGCGUAUCCCAGCGAACUCUAACCCGUUAGACCAAGCAAAAAGCAACUAGUAUUACACCAGUGAAGGUAAAUCGCAUAGAAGAUACUUACAUAUCAACAUGAGCGAGUUGUCCAGACUGCAGCAGCAGCAGCAGCAGGAUCAGGAUCGGGAGCGUGUUUCCCAAGAGCUGAUCGACUGCGAUAUUGACUUUGAGGAGCUGGCGGCCUCCAAGGUGGAGGAGGAGGCCAGGAUGCCACCCAGUUCCAAGCGAUACACCAAAGCCCUGAAGAAGGUGACCAAGGUGCAGCGCAUGCUGGAGCAGGCCAUGAUCCUGCUGGCCGAGGAAGAGGCCAGGUGCCGGCAGCAGGAGCAGGAACAGGGCUCCAAAAAGACCAAGAAGCAGCUGAAGAAGAAGGCCAAGAAGGACAAGAAGAAGGCCAAGAAGCAGGCCAAGCAGCAGGCCAAACAGCAGGGCACGAAACAGGCGGAGGAGCAGACGGCGGCUGGCGAGGAGCCCUCCAACACCUCCAGCUCCAGCUCUUCCAGCUCCAGCUCGUCCAGUUCCAGCUCCUCCAGUUCGAGCUCCGGCUCCGAGGACGAAGAGGUAUUCUACAACGGUUACGGCUGGGCCAGCAAUCCUUGGCGCCGAGGACCACAUGGCCAUCACGGCUUCGGUCGACGUCUGGGGCACGGUUUUGGCCACAAGCAUGGUCGCAAGCAUGGCCACAAACAUGGUCACGGGCCGCAUCAUCAUGGCCGACAUGGACAUCAUGGACGGCCUCACCACCACCAUCUGCAUGGACACCACUUCGGGCCCCAUUUUGGACCCCACGCUGGGCCUUCUCCCUUUGACUUCGAUCGGAGAUCCUUUCGCGGACCUUGGCAGGAUCAGUGCCAGUUUUUUCGGUGGAUGGGCCUGCCGUGGGCCCUGGACAAUGCCGCGGCCAGUCGGAGGAGCCACUCGCUGCCUAGGCUAUCUAGGCGCGACUGUCGUGGAGAUCUCGGAUUCGGAUUCGGACCAGGAUACGGAUACGGAUAUGGCCAACCGUGUUCACGACAUGACCGUCGACUAGAGAGAUCUCUUUCCCGUUCAACUUCCGGUUCGCUGGAAAGGAAGCACUGCCGCAAGCCGAGGUCCAGUUCCAGUUCCAGCUCUAGCUCCAGUUCUUCCUCGGAGGAUGAGAAGAAGAGGCAGAAGUGCAAGGGCAAGGGAAAGGGCAAGGGCAAGGAGAAGAGAAGUAGGCAGCGCUCCUCCUCCAGCUCCUCAUCGAGCUCCAGCUCCAGCUUCGAUGGCGAAGUGCAGAAGAGGCACCACCGACGCGGGCAUCAUUUCGGACCGCCGCAUGGCCAUCACUUUGGACCGCCGCAUGGCCAUCACUUUGGACCGCCCCAUGGCCAUCACUUUGGACCGCCCCAUGGCCAUCACUUUGGACCUCCACAUGGCCAUCACUUUGGACCUCCACAUGGCCACCACUUUGGUCCGCGCCAUGAAGGUUACCGUCCCCAUCACGGCGGACACCAUGGCCAUCACUUUGGUCCUCAUCACGGUCCAUUUGCCGGACGACAUGGCCCCCAAUUCGGACCAUUCUCUGACUAUCCCCAAAGAGAAUCCAGUGAAGGACCACGUUUUGAGCACCAGCCCCGUCCGGAGUUUCGUGGACCACCACCAGCCGAGUUCCCAGGUCGUCGCAGUCGUUCUCUGUCUCGAUCCCACUGCCGCAAGGACAAGCAGGGGAGAUUCCCAUCGUGUGCCGAAGACAAGGACGCAAAAGUCGAGAAGGAAGAGCGCAAGAAGGGCAAAAAGAAGCACGGAAGGCGCGCUCAUAGACAUGGACAUGGACAUGGACAGGGACACCAUCGUGGUUAGGCAAUCGCAGCCAGCGUUUAAGAUGCAUUAAGAUUCCUUCAAUACAACCUCCCAUACAUAUAACCCACAUAUUACUAUA